AACGUAAAAGCUGGCUCUUCCUGCGCGUGUUGAACGCUGUGGAUAUCUCUAACAGGUUGUGGAGUUCGGACCUCAUGGCGGAGAUAAUUCAGGAACGCAUAGAAGAUCGACUCCCUGAAUUGGAACAGCUGGAGCGCAUUGGACUGUUUAGUCAUGCGGAAAUUAAGGCUAUUAUUAAGAAGGCUUCGGAUCUGGAAUACAGAAUACAGCGAAGAGCCCUCUUUAAAGAAGACUUUAUCAAUUAUGUUCAAUAUGAAAUUAAUCUUUUGGAGCUGAUCCAGAGAAGAAGAACACGUAUUGGGUAUUCAUUUAAAAAGGAUGAGAUUGAGAAUUCUAUUGUACAUCGGGUGCAAGGUGUCUUCCGACGUGCUUCAGCAAAGUGGAAAGAUGAUGUUCAACUUUGGCUGUCCUAUGUAGUCUUUUGUAAGAAAUGGGCUACCAAAGCUCAACUUAGCAAAGUAUUCUCCAGUAUGUUGGCCAUUCAUUCCAACAAGCCAGCUUUGUGGAUUAUGGCAGCCAAAUGGGAAAUGGAAGAUCGCUUGUCUUCAGAAAGCGCUAGACAGUUGUUUCUUCGGGCUCUGCGCUUUCAUCCAGAGUGUCCAAAACUUUAUCAAGAAUACUUUAGGAUGGAGCUGAUGCAUACUGAGAAACUGAGGAAAGAAAAGCAAGAAUUUGAAAAAGCCAAGAUGGAUGUGGGGAAUCUUGAUUAUCCUGAAGAAAUCCUUCAGGGUGAGUUGGCACGGAUCAUCUACAAAAACUCUGUGAGCAAAAUUAAAGGUGCAGAAUUUCAUGUGUCAUUGCUUUCAAUCGCCCAGCUAUUUGACUUUGCCAAAGAUCUGCAAAAAGAAAUUUAUGAUGACCUUCAGGCUCUACACACAGAUGACCCUCUCACUUGGGAUUAUGUGGCACGGCGAGAAUUAGAGAUCGAGACCCAGCCCAGAGAAGAGCAACCUACUACAAAACAAGCGAAAGCAGCAGAGAUGGACCGGAAGGAGGAGAGGUGCUAUGCUGUAUAUGAAGAGGCAGUGAAGAUUCUGCCCACAGAAGCUAUGUGGAAGUGUUACAUCAACUUUUGCUUGGAAAGAUUUACUAAGAAGACGAAUAGUGAGUUUCUCAAAGGGAAGAGGCUGGAAAGAACCAUGAUUGCAUUCAGGAAGGCAAAGGAACUCAAACUUCUGCCUGAGUUUCAGUACAAGCAGUGGAUUGACUUGUUGUUGCAUCGUGACUACUAUAAGGAGGCUCUGGAGGUGGCAGUAGCUGGAACUGAAUUGUUUAGAGACUCUGUGACCAUGUGGCAGAUGAGGCUGCAGGUGCUAAUUGAAUCAAAGAGCACUGACAUAGCCAUGGCUGUUGAAGAAGCCUUUGUGUACCUGAAACCCCAGAUUUGUCUGCCAUUGUGGAUCUCUUGGGCAGAGUGGAGUGAAGGUGCUAAAAGCCAAGAAGAUACUGAAGCAAUCUUUAAGAAAGCUAUCCUAGCUGUUACAGGUGCUGAUUCGGUAACUCUGAAGGAUAAGUACCUCAAUUGGGCAUAUCGGAGUGGUGGCUACAAAAAGGCCAGGGCAGUGUUUAGAAGUUUACAGGAAAGCCGCCCAUUUUCAGUUGAUUUUUUUAGGAAAAUGAUCCAGUUUGAAAAGGAACAAGAAUCCUGCAAGAUGGUGAAUUUAAGAGAAUAUUAUGAAAGGGCUUUGAGAGAGUUUGGAUCUGUAGAUUCUGAUCUUUGGAUGGAUUACCUCAAAGAAGAAUUGAACCACCCCCUUGGUAGGCCUGAGAACUGUGGACAGAUCUAUUGGCGAGCCAUGAAGAUGUUGCAGGGAGAGUUAGCAGAAGCGUUUGUAGCUAAACAUGCUAUGCACCAGGCUGGCCAUUUGUGAAAAGAAGAACAACAAAGACAACUUUGUGAAAUAGUAUUGUAAGCCCUCUGGGCAGAUAUGUAUUAUGAAUCAGUCUGUAAUUUGCUCAGAGAUGGCUAACAAGAUGGCUGUCUGAUUUUGAGACAUGCUUUAAUUUUGCGUUAAUGUAUUAAUCUUUAAUUUUAGAAAAGAGAACUGUUAUUUAGUGGCAAAAGCUACUUGUUGAGUCUGGACCUGCCUUGGGUCCUAAGUGUUUUCCAAAAUACCUGGAAAUCCUAUAAUUGAGUUUCAUUUAUUAUCCUGGUCUAAUCUAGACCUAGGGGCCAGUUAAAAUGGUGGAGAAAGUACAGUUCUUUUUGUUUAUUCUCUCUUUAUUAUAAAAGUAUGUGGUAUGCAUUUGUAGAAAAUAUGGAGGAAAUAGGGCAGUGUGAAGAAAGGCAUCCUCUCUAAUCCCAUCAUCUGAAGCAGCAAAGAAGGAGGUGCUGAGUAUUGAGGGAAAGGUUAUCCUUUAAGAGGGUUAAGACAAUAUAAAAGUGUACUUUCUCUUUGGGACUGAUCAGCAGACAAGUGUUUGCAUUGGGGAGCCCCGGAAAUAAAAAGAAGGAACGUGUAGGAAGUAGAUUAGAGUAGUAGAGAAGUGCUUCAGUGGGGCGGCAUGUAAGCAUGGCUUGGAGCAGAGAAGGGCAAUUGUGGGAGCAGCGGAGGCAAUUGUUAGAAUUUUAUGCCUUUUAACUUAAUCUUGUGUUACUGGGUGAAGCAUUCAGUGCACUUGUAUAUCUGUAUUUCUCCUAAAAUGUUACUUUCCCAUGUUAUUAAAUAGUCUUAAAAACAUUUAAUGGAUUCAUAGCAUUCCAUUGUAUAAAUGAGACAUUACUUAUUUUACUAAUCCUCUAUGGUUGGAUCUUGUCAUUUGUAAUUUUUUAUAAUAAUAUUUAUUAUAGAUGUUAAUGAAGAGCCUUGUAAAUUUUUGUUUAUAACCUGGUUAUUUCCUUAGGAGAUUAAUAUCCAGUGACAGUGGAGUUACUAGAUCAAGGAUAUAACUAUUUUAAAGAAUAUUGCUUUGUAUUGCCAAUUUGCUCCUUCACUAAAGCAGUGUAUGAGAGUGCCAACAUCCUUACUUGUAUGGGUAUUUUGUUAUUUUUUACCACUUUAAUAGGUGAAAAGUGAUAUGUCAUUGUUUUACUCUGCAUUUCUUUGAUAUUAGUGAAGAAGUUAAUGUCUUUUUUUUCCCCCAUGUUUCUUUGGUCUUUUCAUGCUUUCACCAUUUUUUUAACUGUUCUUUUU